AGCACCAGGCUCAAAGUUGUCUCCCCGGGGUUCCAGCCUCGUCCAUCCUCUCUUCCCAUGAAGCUGGCACUGCUGAUGUUGGGCUUGGCCCGUGGCGAGCAGGCCGUGUGCCCAGGCGAAGGGGCCCGCUACGAGGACUUCAAGUGCAACCACGACCCAACGCACCGAGUCUGCGCACAGCUGCUGGAUGGUGAGGGACAACCACUUGAUUGGGGAGCCAAGGGCAACUUUUGGCAAAUCACCGGGCAAGAGGCCUUCCAGUGGGAUUCAGAGAUUCGUGAAAACCACGGCGACAGCUGGUGCAUUUGCAUGUGGGCCACAGCACGCUUGAUCGCCACGGUGGGGUGCGAGAACGUGCAUCUGCGGUGCGACGCCACGGACGUGGCAUAUGUAGAGAAGAGCUACGUAGAUGGCGGUGUUAAUUUGCAGCCGGCCAAGAAGUGCUUGCAGCAGAAAUGUCCGGGCCUCUCCCUGCAACGCUUGGACGACGCCGUGGACGUCUCUGACGCCGCGGAGCGUCUCGCCACCGCCUCCGCAGCCAGGAUCUUCCACCUGGCGCUGCCGGCGGCGGCGGCGUUGCUGAUGUUGGCCUUGCUGGCGUUACGCGUGGCCUAUGGAGGACGCAGCGCUCCAGUCUCAAGACCGGAGAUCGAGUGAACGCGUGAACGCCAGGCUGGCGAAACAGCGGCAGACUGAACUCAGAAGCAUUCAAAAGCCGUCCCUGGGGUUUUGGUUGAUA